CUGUCAGGGAAGCAGGGGGAGUGACACGGCAUCAUGGGGGACGGCCGAACUAUGCGGUAGGAGAACCACGGCGCCAUCGUCACUACGCCCUCAGCCUCCCUAUCGGCUUGAGGAGGAGUGGGUUUGAUCUAGAGAUGGAUUUCUAGGUCUGACUUUUCUCAAAGCAGUCACUCUUCCCAGCUUCCUGGCUCGUUACCCCAGGAAAAGAAAGUGUCAAUGGAGUCAGAGGGAUUGGAAGCCACUGGAAUGCCAGCGGGAAGAGAGCCUCAGGAGCACCAAAAGAUAUUAGCACCAGACAAGAAGGAGGGGGAGGGAAACACCAAAGAAGCCGGAAAGCCAUCAGAAGAAACUCAACAAGAAACGACUCUGACCCUAGAUGAAGAGGAAGAGGAGAACGAAGACGCUAUCAAAGCAACUGGAAUGCCAUCCGGACGAGACCCUCUAGCGCAUCAGGAGAUGUUGGCACCACGUGAAGAGGAGGAAGGGUCAGUUAAAGCAGCUGGAAUGCCAUCUGGAAGAGAGCCUCGGGAGCAUCAAAAAAUGUUGGCGCCCCAUGAACGCAAAGAACAGGAGGGGUCGGUUAAAGCAGCUGGAAUGCCAUCUGGAAGGGAGCCUCGAGAGCAUCAAAAAAUGUUGGCGCCACAUAAUCGCAGAGAAGAGGAGGGGUCGGUUAAAGCAGCCGGAAUGCCAUCCGGAAGAGAACCUCGGGAGCAUCAAAAAAUGUGUGCCCCAUAUGAACAUAAAGAAGCGGAGGGGUCAGUUAAAGCAGCCGGAAUGCCAUCUGGAAGAGAGCUUCAGGAGUAUCAUCAAAUGUUGGCGUCAGAUGAGCAUAAGGGUGAGACCCUUGUCAAAACAGCUGUAAAACCAUUAGUAGAAGCUCGGCACCAGCAGAGGAUGUCACAGGCCCCAUUUUGGCAAGAGUAUGAGGAGACUUCAACCAAAGCAACUGGGAUGUCAUCGGAAGGAGAAGCUCAGCGGCAGCAGAGGAUGUCCCAGGCACCCUUUUGGCAAGACUAUGGUGAGACUUCGACCAAAGCAGCUGAGAAGUCAUCAGAAGGGGAGGCUCAGCGACAACAGAGAAUGUCACAUGCACCAUUUUGGCAAGAGUAUGAGGAGACUUCAACCAAAGCAGCUGGGAAGUCAUCAGAAGGAGAAGCUCAGCGGCAGCAGAGGAUGUCCCGGGCACCCUUUUGGCAAGACUACGAUGAGACUUCGACCAAAGCAGCUGGGAAGUCCUCAGAAGGAGAAGCUCAGCGACAGCAGAGGAUGUCACAGGCACCAUUCUGGCAAGACUAUGGUGAGCCUUCGACCGAAGUAGCCGGGAAAUCCUCAGAAGUUCGGCAGCCGCACAAAAUGGACAAGCCUGAGAGAGAGGAGGGUGUCAAAGCCGCUGGUAAACCUUCAGGUGAAAUAGCCCACUUGCAGCAGAAGAUGUUGGCCACGGGCAUGUAUGAGGAGGAUCAAGAGGGCUACAUUAAAGCAGCUGGGAAACCGUCUGGGGAAGUUUCUCGACUACAACAGAAAAUGCUACGGCCGGAUGGACUCGAUAGAGGGGAGGAAGGAUACGUUAAAGCAGCUGGAAAGCCAUCAGGGGGCGUCGCUCGACCUCAGAAAAAGAUGUUGCGACCCGAUGCCUCUGACGAAGAGGAGGAAGGAUAUGUCGCAGCAGCUGGGAAGCCAUCCGGGGAUGUAGCUCAACUACAGCAAAAGAUGUCUCCGCCGAAUGACAGUGAGGAAGAAGAUGAUGAAGCUGAUUCUGUGAAAGCAGCUGGAAAGCCAUCUGGGGAAGUGGCUCAACUACAGCAGCUGUCAGCACCCACUGGGCGUGGGGAUGGAGAAGGGGGCUCGGUCAGAGCAGCUGGGUUAACGUCAGGAGGAAAACCUUAGCUAAAACCAGAAAGUGGCAGCAUCAACGUGGAACAUCACUAAAGCAUUUGAAAGAGAAAAAUGGUAAUAGAUUAAGAACCUCCACACUUUGCUGAAUGUCGCCCUUUCUGUCCUCCAUUUAAGAAAAAAAAGGUUAAGAAUAAUCUUAACAUGACACACAAAAUGUGUAUCAUAGGUGUUAGAUUGGAAUUAGGUGUUAGAUGGAAUUGUGCUAAUUAUUUUAUGACCGUUUUAGUAGUAGAGUGAUUGCUUCUGAGGCACUAACUCAUAGGUCAGCUUUAGUGACUGGAAAGUGAACACUGAACUGGAAAUCAGGAGAUAGGGAUACUUUUCUGGUUACCGCUGACCUACCUGCUGUUCGAAUUAGGGCAAUUCGUUUAACUUUCUUUGUGCCUCCACAUCCCAGCCUUAAAGAUUACAUAACAAAUGUACGCCCCCUUGCUUAUCGCAUGGUGACACUCCAAGGCCAAGUGAGGUAUCACGUGAAAUUAUGUGGAUUUAUUAGGUAACUGGUACUAUAUACAUGGCAGGUUAUUGUUAUUGUAGUCAGUGCCUUGGGGGCCUUUUGUCGUUUUCCCGUCCAGAUAGUGAGAUGUCUGUACUAAGCUUUUCCAGGUGAUCGGUAUUCUUUAUCUUACAGAAUAGUUCCCUGCCGAAUAGUGUUGGCAAGAUCUGAUGCUGUGAACACUUGACUAAAUCACUUCAGUUUGCAUUUCCUCCCUACUGCAAGUAAUAAACUUUGUCUGCUGGCAAGUUC